GUAACACAGUCAUCACAGGCGUUGUGUCGCGGACAGGAGGAGGUGAGCUGCUGCUUCUCGGUUGAGGCCUAAGAUGGCUUGUGCACCUUUCGGGAGAGGGCAAGGGGGGAAGAGUGAGAAAGACAGGAAGGAAGAAAAUUCAAAGAUUCCUCAGCCAGGGGAAGCAGCAUCUCUGUGCACCUUGUUAAGCGCCUUCAGAAUAUUGUAUGUUUCAAUGCGAUCAACCCUCAUUCUUCUAAACUCCAGAGAAGUGAUGUGAAGACCAAAGAAGAAUGGGCGGGAAAGGCGAAAUGAAUUCCAUCACCAUAUCUGUGGAGGGAAUGACCUGUAACUCCUGUGUGCAGACCAUUGAACAACAGAUUGGAAAAUUACAUGGAGUCUGCAAAAUAAAGGUAUCCCUUGAAAAUCAUAAUGUUGCUAUUGUGUACAAUCCAGAGUUUCAGACCCCAGAGUCAAUCCAGGAAGCAAUCGAUGACAUGGGAUUUGAAGCUACAUUGACGGAUGCAAGUCCAAUGUCUGUCACACCAGAGUCAGCCCUUCUCAAUAAUGAAAGGGGGCUUGCUCCUGAGCCUAGCCAGCAGACUGUAAGCCAAGUGCCCAGCAUAAAGGACAGUGAGGGAAAAAGGUUACUUGAUGAAAAUGAUGCAACCUUGGCCUUUGUCCCCACCACAAGAAGUCUCAACAAGGAAAUCAGUAACUUGGCUGUGGACAGUCCUCCAGUGGACAAGAAGCUGUCGAUGCCUGAAGAAACUCGGUCACACCAAGGCAGUGAAAUGGUGGUGAAGAUGAGGGUCGAAGGAAUGACUUGUCACUCCUGUAGCAGCACGAUUGAAGGCAAGAUUGGGAAGCUGCAAGGUGUCCAGCGCAUUAAAGUUUCUUUGAAUAGUCAGGAAGCCACGAUUGUGUACCAAGCCCACCUCAUCACACCAGAGGACCUCAGGACUCAAAUCGAAAGUGCUGGAUUUAUUGCCACAAUCAAAACCAAGGCCAAACCUCUGAAGCUUGACUUUAACAUUGAGCGCCUAAUAAAUGCAACUCAGGUGACCAAACUUGACCCACAGGAGGUGACCAACAGACAAACAAACUUGAUCCUCAGAAUAGAUGGCAUGCACUGCGGUUCCUGUGUAACGAACAUUGAGAGUAACGUAUUGGAACUCCCAGCUGUGCACAACAUCAAGGUUUCUUUGGAAUCUAAGAGUGCUACCAUACAAUACAACCCAGCCAUGAUUACUCCAAAUGCCUUAAAACAGGCUAUUGAGGCCUUGCCGCCAGGAAAUUUCAAAGUUUCACUCCCCAAUGAAUGUCACUCUGAAAAACCUGCUCUUAGUGCUGCUCAGCAUCCUUUGCUAUCUUCACCACAGCCGCCUGCUUUGGAUUUAAGGAAGCAUUGGUUGAGCAGUGUGACAGUAAUUAAUAUUAAAGGAAUGACUUGUAAUUCUUGUGUGAAAUCUAUCGAAGAAAACAUUUCAAAUAAAAGUGGAGUGAUAUCAAUUCAUGUUUCUCUAGCACAGCAGAAUGGAACUGUGGAGUAUGAUCCUCUAUUUACCAACCCCGAGGAACUGAGGGACAUGAUAGAUGACAUGGGAUUUGAGGCCAUUCUUCCUGCAAGUACAGAACCUGCAGUGUUACCCACAGAAGUUUUGCCCAAAGUGUCUGUAAAAGACAAAAAAUUGAGGAAUGGGCUACGUGAAACUGGGAUGACCAACAUGAAAGGGGAGAUGCUAUCACAGGAGCCGGGCAUCACCCAACAGAACAUGGAGGCUCUAGCGCCAGAAAAAUGUUUUAUUCAGAUUACCGGCAUGACCUGUGCAUCCUGUGUGGCUAACAUUGAGAGGAACUUGAAACAGGAGGAUGGAAUAUAUUCUGUAUUGGUCGCCCUAAUGGCUGGAAAGGCAGAAGUGAGGUAUAACCCAAGGAUCGUAAAGCCCCCAGACAUUGCUGAGUUGAUAAAGGAACUGGGCUUUGGAGCUUCUGUGCUGGAGGACUAUGAUGGAUCAGAUGGUCAAUUGGAACUUGUUGUGCGAGGGAUGACUUGUGCCUCAUGUGUUCAUAAUAUUGAAUCAACACUUAUGAAAACCAAAGGUAUACUCUAUACGUCAGUUGCUCUUGCAACCAAUAAGGCUCACAUCAGAUUUGACCCAGAGUGCAUUGGCCCUCGUGAUGUCAUCAAAUGCAUUGAGGAUCUAGGCUUUGAAGCUUCCUUAGUCAAAAGAGAUCGCUCUGCAAGUCACCUGGAUCACAGAGAAGAAAUCCGUCGGUGGAGGAGAUCCUUCUUGAUCAGUCUAUUUUUUUGCAUUCCUGUGAUGAUCAUGAUGAUUUACAUGAUAGUUGCAGACCAUGCUUUCUACAAGAGCCAUCAGAAUAGCUCGAGUACUAACGAGCUUGAAAAACACCAUGCUUCCAUGUUUCUGGAGCGACAGCUCCUUCCUGGGUUAUCCAUUAUGAAUUUGCUGUCCUUCAUUCUCUGUAUUCCAGUUCAGUUUGUAGGUGGAUGGUACUUCUAUAUCCAAGCGUACAAGGCACUGAAACACAAAACUGCCAACAUGGAUGUGCUGAUAGUUCUGGCUACAACUAUUGCUUUCUUGUACUCCUGUGUCAUUCUGGCCAUUGCUAUGAUAGAAAAGGCCAAAGUAAACCCUAUAACUUUCUUCGAUACACCUCCAAUGCUGUUUGUCUUCAUUGGCUUGGGGCGGUGGCUUGAGCAUAUAGCUAAGGGUAAGACAUCGGAAGCACUUGCAAAGCUGAUGUCAUUGCAGGCAACUGAGGCAACUAUAGUGAAGAUAAGUGAGAGCCAUUCCAUUUUAAGUGAAGAGCAAAUCGACGUAGAGUUGGUACAACGUGGGGAUAUUGUAAAGGUGGUUCCAGGUGGAAAAUUCCCUGUCGAUGGCAGAGUUAUUGAAGGGCAUUCAAUGGCUGAUGAAUCUCUGAUUACUGGUGAAGCAAUGCCAGUCACUAAAAAACUGGGGAGCAGUGUGAUCGCAGGUUCCAUUAAUCAGCACGGAGCUUUAUUGAUUGAAGCUACUCAUGUUGGUUCUGAAACCACCCUCUCCCAGAUUGUGAAACUUGUAGAAGAAGCUCAAACCUCUAAGGCCCCCAUUCAACAGUUUGCAGAUAAACUGAGUGGAUACUUUGUCCCAUUCAUCGUUGGGGUUUCUGUUGCUACUCUGAUUGCCUGGAUUAUCAUAGGAUUUUUUAAUUUUAACCUUGUGGAAGAAUAUUUCCCUGGUUACAACAAAAGCUUGUCACAGCCUGAGGUGAUUGUGCGCUUUGCAUUCCAAGCCUCUAUCACUGUCCUUUGCAUUGCGUGCCCCUGUGCAUUGGGAUUAGCAACGCCUACCGCAGUAAUGGUGGGAACUGGAGUAGGUGCACAGAAUGGUAUCCUAAUUAAAGGAGGGGAACCACUGGAGAUGGCACACAAGAUUAAUACAGUCGUUUUUGAUAAAACUGGAACAAUCACUCAUGGAACACCCAGAGUGAUGAACCUGAAGAUGCUGUCAGAGAAUAAUUACAUAUCUCAGAUGAAGCUGUUGGCCAUUGUUGGCACUGCAGAAACAAACAGUGAGCAUCCAUUGGGUGUAGCAGUAACCAAGUACUGUAAACAGGAACUAGGUUCAGAUGUGCUUGGCUCAUGUUCGGAUUUUCAAGCAGUUGCUGGCUGUGGCAUCAUGUGCAAAGUCUCCAACAUUGACUCACUACUAAGCCAAAAGAAUCUUGAGGUUGAGCAGAACACAGUGCUGAUACAGAUCAAUGAGAAAAGCAGUGGUGAUGGCUCAUCGCACCCUUUAAUCAAAGAGCCCCAAUCGGAAAGUUCAGGGAAAUCGCAGAUCUUUUCGGUACUGAUUGGAAAUCGUGAAUGGAUGAAGAGGAACGGUCUACAUGUUGGUAAUGAUGUGGACAGUUACAUGAUAGAACAUGAAAGCCAGGGACACACAGCGAUACUGGUCUCUGUGGAUGGGGUACUGUGUGGAUUGAUAGCAAUUGCAGACGCUGUGAAGCCAGAAGCAGAUUUAGCUGUCUACACACUAAACAGUAUGGGGCUGGAAGUCGUUCUUAUGACUGGAGACAACAGUAAAACAGCCAGGGCCAUUGCUGCUCAAGUUGGCAUCACCAAGGUGUUUGCUGAAGUCCUACCCUCACACAAAGUAGCGAAAGUGGAACAGCUGCAGAAACAAGGGAAGAUUGUGGCAAUGGUGGGCGAUGGUGUGAAUGACUCCCCAGCAUUGGCAAUGGCUGAUGUCGGAAUUGCCAUUGGCACAGGCACAGAUGUAGCCAUUGAAGCAGCUGAUGUUGUUUUGAUUCGGAAUGACCUCCUUGAUGUAGUGGGAAGUAUUCACUUAUCUAAAAAGACCGUCCAGCGAAUUCGGAUAAAUUUUGUGUUUGCUUUAAUAUAUAAUAUUGUUGGCAUUCCCAUUGCUGCUGGUGUCUUCUUACCUGUGGGACUGAUAUUACAACCGUGGAUGGGAUCUGCUGCAAUGGCAGCGUCAUCUGUUUCUGUGGUGCUUUCUUCUCUAUUAUUAAAGCUUUACAAGAAACCCGAUCCUGCCAGGUUAGAAAACAGAGCUCGGAAUCACAUGAAGCAGAAGUCUCUGUCUGACAUCAGCGUGCACAUUGGUAUGGGUGAGGCUAGGCGGGAGUCGCCAAAGCUAAGCCUAUUGGACCGAGUGGUACACUACAGCCGAGCCUCCAUUAAUUCUCUCAGGUCUGAAAGGCGAUCCAUGACCAACAUCCCUCUACAUGAUCCAGACAAAAAUAAUCUCCUUUUGGGGAGAGAUGAGGAUGAGGCAGUCUGAGCAAAGCCCCGGUUGUAUGCAGGAGAUUUGCAAGAUCUGUUCUCCCAAACACAGUACCUUCUCAGCCUCUACGUCUCACAAGGAUUGGACUCUCGGGGACAAGCGAAGGAUGGGGCAGAUUUGUGUUUUGCUGUGAGCUAGUAUACUUGAUACACUACUGUAUAAUUGUAAUUUAUCUCUUUUUUCAAACUUUAUUUUUUUAAUCUUUUCUGUGUUUCAGGCUCCUGGUAAUCUCCUUUUGUACCCAGGAGGGAAAAGAUGUUUUGAAUAACAGUCUCCUGAUUUUUCUCUUGUGCAUGAAUCAUGAAUCCCUACCCUCCAUGAUCAACCAGCAGAAUUCAGAUAGACAUGUUGAAUGUCAGUUUUUCUUGCUUUCACACAGAACUCCAUCUCCAUCUAGAAGCCCACACCUUUAAUUUGUACCAUUGCGGGCUGGAGGUUUUGAAUGACUGGACUGAAUUCCUAACGACUUCAGUUGUGUGAAGCACAUUGAGCCACUUUAGUGAUUUGGAAUGGUGCCUAUGGCACUCUUUCCUAUCUAGCAAGGACCAAAUUCAUCCUUUGAGCUGAUCACUAACUAUUCCAUGUCCUUAUAUUUUUCUAUUAAUUAAAGGGUAAUGCAAUAUGUAGGACAAGCCAAAGUGACCUCAGAAAUCCCAGAUUCUGUAGUAAUGGCUGAAUCUGAUAAACGGGUACGUGGUGUAAUUAACCAAACAUAGCAGACACACAACAUGAUGGAGAUGCUUUUCAACAAAAGCUGUGCAGUGAGUUCUGUUUGUUCUGGCAAGAUUAUACUCUUGCUGUGAUUUUAAAUGGCACCUGAAUAUUGAGGUUCCAAAUUGAAGGACAUUAAAAAUGUUGGAUCUAUUUUCCAAACUCUUAUGUGAAAGAAACUUUACUCAACAACUUUAAAAAUGCUGGUUAGCGUUUUUCAUUGUAUCUUACUUGGAGCUGUGUAUAGCUCCAUCAUUUGUGUUUAAAUGAAUGCUGAAUACAGUUGGUGCUAGACACAGCAGACGAUCCUUCACAGCAUCGUCCUUCUGCCCAACAUCCUACCCCCAUCUUUUUUUUAAAACUUUCGUACUGAUGCCUGGAAUUGUUUUUAUUUGCUUUUAAAUGAGGAACCAGCCAAUCUGUGUUGGCUAGAUUCUUACAGAGAAGAAUCAUUCUACCAUAUUUUCCUCAUCUGCUAUUAAAAGAAUUGGAUUAGUUGCUCAGCCCCUCCCCAGCUGUUUCCUGACUCAUUUUAGCAGCAGAGUAGAAAUGACAGUUUAAUUCUAGAGAAAAAUCCAAAGUUUGGAAGGGUACUUGUCAUUAAGGGAAAUGGUUUUUUUUUUUUACUUCAAUUUGUUUUGUGCACACCUAGUACUAUAAGUGUAUCAUGGACUACAGGUGCAAUGUUGAAGUGUUUGUUGUAUCACAAUGAAGUACAUUAUCUCUAGUUUUGCAGAAAAAUGAAAAACUUAACAGUUUCUUCCCAAGGGAAUGAACUACUUCAGCUAAUCAAUAAGGCUGUAACGUUAAAAAUCUUGUAAGUUAAAUGUUGUUGUAAAAUGAAUGUGUCUCCCUGUUUAAAAAUCAGGUCACUCCAAAUUUGUAUAUAAAAUGAUGUGAGUGAAGAUGUCAUUGAUAGUGGGACUUCUAGAAAAUCACAGUUAGAUCUGCAUGAUUUUUAUGCCAGCUAGAUUGUAGGAUCAAACUACCAUUGUAUUUUUCACCUCAUUGAUGCUUUGGCCUCACUACAAAGCCUUAGGUCAGUGUGAAAAUGCAAACUGUACACAAGAUUCUAUGACAAUAGAAUUAAUUAAUAAUUCAGUUAAUUCCUCUUGGGCGUUUACAUGUUGUAACCUGGUGAGCUCUCAUUGUGCAAAUGCAAGAUGUCUGUUAUAAACGACACAUCUAUUUUGUUCUCUCAAUCUAUUCAAUUCAUGGACUCCUAAGAUAUGCAAUUGUUUCACUUCAGUAUUUGUUCAUUGACUUUUUUUUACCAUAUCAAGUGUAUCGCUGUCAUCCACACUUUGUUCUCCCUAUUAUACUUUGCAUACAUUGAUAUUUGGACACCUAUCCACCUAGCAUUCAUUUCAACUCAUACUGUUCAACCAGUUGUUAUCUUACCAUUGUGAAGAGAAAACAUUUCUUUUCCAGUAUUUCUCCAUUUCUAAGUGUACUGACAUUGUACUGGGAUAUCGAACUGGCAGCUCUUUGGUACCUCAUCUACGUGCUUAAUCCUAAGAUGUGACCCUAAACGUUGUGUGCCAGGGCCAUACCAGUUGAAGCCCAGUCCUACCAUGAUAUAAUAUCUACAUACACGUUUUGCAGCAAGGACCAUUAGAUAAUGUUGAGGGGAAACAAUCCUUACUGACUUUCUGCCCUAUGUCCCCUGCUCAAGCCAAAAAUGCUAGGGCCAUUUCUAUACAACUCUAAAUAACAUGAUCUAAUGCAUCACAGACCAAGAUUGGACCCAAGAUCUAAGUGAUGUCUCGAACUCGCGCUUGAAAGUAAAUUUAUCCAUCGGGUUACCAGUGCAGAAAUGUUGAUAAUAGGCUGCAACUUAAUGCAAGAGAUUAUUAACUUCAGCAGAUGCUGGGUAUUACUGUCCCAAAAGUACCACCAGAUGUUCAGUAUUCUUUGUCUUUUCAAUAAGCUAUAGACUAUAAUGAUUUUGUUUUUUAAAACCUUCAUGUUGGUGACAUUGUGACAAUUGAUAAUUCUUUAGGAAUAUAUGAUAAAUGGCAACUUGUAACUAAUACUAAAGCAACAACAGUUAAUUAUUUUUCUAGUAGAAUGCAGAAAAUAUAUAUUUAAGUCCACAAAUUUAUUUAUAAUGUUACACUCAGUUCUAGUCAUUUAAUAUGUUUGCAUCACAUUUGAGAUUGCAUCUAUAAAGUCAGUAAGAAUGGACAUUUUGGAUUUAAAAUGGUGACAGAUGCUUUGCUUUAGGAAUUUCAGCAGACUUUGGGGAAUCCACUUUGUUUUUCAUCCUCUCCAUUCACAAUGGGGAAAUAAUUAGGUAAGAGGGAGAGAUUCCGAAAAGAAAAACGUGAAUCUCCAACAAUGAAGCAGGUUAAAAUUGCUUUAGAAAAUAAUCGCAAAUGAAAUUAAUAGUUUUAUAUUUGUGAUUUUUUUUUCUUGCUGAAAUUAUUGAAACUAAAUUAGAAAAUUGCAAAGAAGAAAAUGUUGGUGUUAAUGUUGGCAUUUCCUGAUAAUGCUUCAUUAGGAACAUGCUUUGGUCAAAAUUAGAGAGCCUUUAUUGCUAUAGUUUUCAGUUUUAAUGUAGGAAUCAUCAAUGAUGUAUCCAAGAUUGCAAUGCAGCAGAUAAUGUUCUAUUGAGGAGUUGCUAUACUAACACUAUUGUUGUCCUAUUGUUGACUCUAUCAAAGUUCAUAUAUCUAUUUGCUUUUGUCUUUUUAAGCAAUUGGAGCUGAAACCUUGGCUCGGUUUCUUAUUCCUCAAGUGAACAUUAGGUUAUCUGCCAUUAAUACUUAAAUAUAUCAAAGGCAGUUUCAUAAAAUCAUUACAUCUGCCUCUGUUAUAGUAUAACAUGCAAUACCUUGGCAAAGGCCCCACCUCCAAGCUGCUCUCAUGAACAUGGAAGAUUUUACCUAUUAAUCUAGUAGGAAAAUAUUUUCAGCUACAUCACGUUACUUUGGUGCUAAAAUUUCCAGCCUGUUUUACUGUGUAUCCCUGGUCACAAGCUAAGAGCAGAUGUGGAAGGUCGUGCUGCCAAACAUAACUGACCUAAUUAGGAAAAAAACUACUGUGACUCAUCACAACAUCCAACUGUCUCUGAAAUGACUGCAGGAAUUUUCUUUCCAGUAUCCUACUCAAAAGAGCUUUCCAUGCACUCAUAUCUUGUAUGAAGAAGGACUUCCUGAUAUUGGUUCUAAAUUUGUCUCCCAUCACUUUGAACUUGUGCCCCUUCUUCUUUUAAGACAUACCUCUGUGCCCCUUCUUCUUUUAAGACAUACCUCAAUGUGAGCUCUGGGCUUCUUUUCCAUGGCAUUUACUUAUUCCACUGCAGCUUUGUCUCAAGACUAAAGAGAGCAGCACCCUCAAAACAGUGUUCAUGUAUACAUUGACAUAAAAGGGAAUCUUUAAGUUGUUUGCUUGCAGAAGUCAGUGCUGAGCCAACGGACUGUCUACUGGGCAAGUUCUGACUGAAUUUUUGUAACUUAAUACUUUAUAUAGUUUUUCACUAAGGUUCAAUGUACUAACAAACCAAUCACACUCCCUCAGCAAUUUUAGGGUGAAGUUUGCACAAAUGUGAAUGUAACAGGAUUGAUUUGAAUUUUUUUUUACCAAACUUACAAUUCUUUUGUUUAAUGUGUUCUUUUGUCACAAUGCAAUCCAAACUCCCCUAAAUGCUCUCCCACUGAUAUGAGAAAAUUGAUCACAUUAAGUCGAGAUGGGAACGAAUAGUCACAAAUCAAUUAUUUGAAGAUGGGUUAUCCUGUUCCUGAGUAGUUCCUAAGUUGUAAAGCCUUUGUCCUAAAAUGAUUUUUAAAAAUAUCUAAUUAUUGUGCAAUUCAAUUAAUAUUAUUACUGUUGAAUUUAUUUAUGUACUUAAAUAAUAAAGCUACUGCUAACUCUGGGGGAAAAAAUGUGUGCCUUAAAUAUAAGGUAUGUUUUGAGUGUUUUUCUUAAUGGAUUUAUAAGAGAAGUACUUCAAAAAAAAAACUUUCCUUGUUUCAUAACGUACUCCAUUACCACCCCUGCCAUUUUGGAAUUUGAUUUCCAGGUAGCUAGACUAUUCCAUUAUGAACUUGUACAGCAUUGUAGAGAAUAUGUAUGUUUUGGAAAAGUUACUCAAAGAAUUGGAUUGUGUUGCCUAAAGUUGUGGUGGGCUACCACUUGAACAAUUAAAAAUGCCUUGUGCUGCCUUUGAGACAUGGAUUUUAGUGUAUUAAUUGAUGAUUUAUAUUCUCUUUUGGAGUAAACUGAGUCAAUGUUAUUUGUAAGCUAGCUGGUGUGGAAGUAGCUGAGGCUUAAGUAAGAGUAAAGAACACACGGACAACGUGUCUGGCAUGAAUGGAACAUUACUCCAUGGAGGGAAAUAGCUGUUUCAACAGAAUUAGAAGCAAAAAAAAUUAUAAUUUGCUCCGUGCCUAAUGUUGAUGCAGAAACAAUAAGUAUUUUAUGUGGUCUUUUUGGGGUAGCUUUUUUAAAAAAAUAAAUUCUGUGUAUUUGCCUUGAAUUUUGGAUCACACUUAUUUUGAUUUAUGAGAUCCGAUUUGUCACGAUAGUGGACAUUAUGUCGGUGUGAGAGCGACCACAGCCUACAACUUCACCAUGGACAAAUUGAACUGCUUGAAGAAGAUAUUUUAAAAAAAAUACAAGACAGGAUGCUAUCAAAAGAUGGCUAAUACGGUAAAGGGACCCCUUCUGGAAAAUUCCUACAUGGAUUGUAUUGGCAGACUUGUCCUAAGAGGUUGCAUGGAGUUUCACACCUCAAGAGGUGUCAAGGCCCACUUCAAACAGAGAUACUUGAAGGGAAGGUAUAUGAAAUGCAAAAGGCCAGACUUUUAAUUCACUGUUUCCAUGAAGACAAGAGAAACUGUCCCCUUCCCACCCAGCCAGCAACAUCCCUUCAGACAUCCAAAAACCAUCUCCUGUUGACUUAUAUCUCAGAAUGUGUCAAAAGGUUUCUGAGAUGAAAGCUAAAUGGACUUUGGAUGCAAGACAUGCACCCCCCCCCCACCACCACCACCCCAAACCGGGACUAUGCAGAGAAAUGAGUUUAAAACUGGUUCUAUCAACCAGUAUUAGGCAGAGCAGAAGAACAAUGACAAAGAAACAAGAAGAACACUUUUCUGUAUGUGUGUGUCUUUCUCACUCUUGCUGAAAACAAGUGUCUUUAAGACAAAGUGAGAGAAGCAAGAAGAAACACACCAGUCUUCUAAGAAUACUGCUGGUGAAUAGCAGGAUCUCUCUCUCUCUAGAGACAAGUGUAAUUUAGCAGAGAUGGAUGGCAAGCGGGAAGAAACAGGACAGCCUCCUCGGUCACUCCUGCAGAGUUGAGCAGGCCAUCUCUCUGUGGGGACGAGCCAACAAAUGUCUCCAACAGGCUGCAAAACUGCCAAAGUCAGCUCCAGCAUUCUACUGAAAUCACCUAACAGCCACAACGUACCACCAUCUAUGCCUCACAGACAAGCCAAAGAAUUAUUUGUAUAUUCUUUUUAAUUUUUAUUUGAACCCUUAACUUCCUUUUUUAAUCUGUGUGCAUGUGUGUUGCGUCUAUUAUUUUUCCUCCAGCUUUAGUGACUAAUAAACAUACUCUUUGACUCAAAA